AUGGUCGCCGAAAUAAUUACCACAAUCUCGCCCACAACCAACGAACCAAUCCUGACCCGACACGGCAAGUCACCAGAAGAAAUCCUGCGUCUGGGAACCACCGCACAGAGCGCCUUCAAGUCUUAUCGCAAAUCCCACCCGUCCCUCGAGUCUCGGCAGCAAAUCAUAUCAAAAGCCCUUAAUUUACUGUUGGAAAGACAAGAUGCCCUCGCCCGCGAACUCACCGAGCAAAUGGGUCGACCCAUCUCAUACACCGCCAAAGAAAUCACCACCGCAGUCAAGAGAGCGGAGUACAUGAUUAGAGUCGCGCCCGAGGUUCUCGAGCGGGACGCAACUAUUCCUGGUGAACAGGAACAAGGUUUCAAGAGAUACAUCACGAGGAAAGAACCUGUGGGCGUCGUUCUGGUCAUCUUCGCGUGGAAUUAUCCCUACUUGAUCUUGGUGAACAGCUUGAUACCGGCGCUGUUAGCCGGGUGCGCCGUGAUAUUGAAGCCGAGUCCACAGACGCCGACCAUUGUGGAACAUAUCGUCGAUAUAUUUGAUGCAGCGGGCCUACCUCAGAAAGUCAUUCAAUACUUGCACUGUGGAAGUCCGACGGAUUUAAAGCCAUUGAUCCUGUCACCAGAGGUCAACCACAUUUGCUUCACAGGCUCAGUGGCGGCGGGGAUAGCCAUCCAGACACUUGCGGCUUCUCGCGUGUCCUGUUCCGUAGGACUAGAACUCGGUGGGAAAGACCCUGCCUAUAUCCGCCCGGACGUUGACGCGGCUUGGGCGGCGGAAGAGAUUGUGGAUGGUGCAAUAUUCAAUUCAGGACAAUCAUGCUGCGCUAUUGAACGUGUCUAUGUCCACGCCGACAUCUACGAUUCAUUCCUGAAGGAAGUCAAGAAAGUCCUCGAGGGAUACAGAGUAGGUGAUCCCCUCGAAAAGUCUACACACGUCGGGCCCGUCGUCUCCAAAAGAUCCAAGGAAGCAAUCGAAAAACAAGUUGCGGAUGCCAUUGCCGCUGGAGCCGUGGACCAGACACCUCACAACGAAAGUUUCAAAUCACCAGCCGGGCCCAAGGCGGGCAACUGGGUGGCCCCCGUCCUCCUCACCAACGUGAAUCACAACAUGUCAAUCAUGCGCGACGAGACAUUCGGUCCCGUCAUCCCUCUCCAGAAGGUAUCUGGCGACGAGGAGGCGAUUGCCCUGAUGAACGACUCGCAGUUCGGACUUACGGCAUCGAUAUGGACAAAGGAUACGCCAAAGGGUGAAGAACUGUGUGGUUUGGUCCAGGCGGGCACGGUAUUUGUGAACCGAGCUGAUUUUCCGAGCCCGGAUCUCGCCUGGACGGGGUGGAAGGAUAGCGGAAGGGGUGUGACGCUGAGCAAGUUGGCAUUUGAGCAGUUUGUCAAGGUCAAGAGUUUCCAUGUCAAGAACUACCCCAAGUGA